AUCGUUGGUCUCGUCGGUAUUGACCAGUUCUUGCUCAAGAGUGGAACUCUCGCCACCUCUGAGACUGCACAACACGUCGAGUCUCGGUCAUGAAGUUCUCCAAUUCAGACGUCGUGUCUCCUGGACCUGUCGUACAGGUCCAGGUCGCUGUUGAGGUCAAUUUAAAGGACACUGCAGAUUUGCCCAAGCUUAUUAUUGUCGCAGGGCUCAAGCAUGUGUUGGAGUCUGACCUCUGUAUCCAGACUUGGAUUGCUUAUACUGAAGACCACGCUGGUGUUCCUCUCAAGGCAUCUGACCCCGUCAAUGGCUACCACGCAACGAUCGUCAAGGCUGAGUCCACGACCUCGUCCAAGUCGCAGAAUAAACACAGCUGUCUCUACACCAAGGCAAUGCCUCUCGAUGAGGAACUCACCAAGGCAAUCGAGGCUGGUAUCGUUAACUCCCGUGACAGUGUCAUCGAUGCAAGGAAGAUCUGGUGUUUCGGUCCCGAUACCACUAGUGGCUCCAACUUGCUCAUAGACGUUAUCAAGGGUGUGCAGUACCUCGACGAAAUCAAGAACUCUUGCAUCGCUACCUCCCAGUGGGCAACAAAGGAUCUGGGUGUGUCCGCCGAGGAGAACAUGCGUAGUAUCCGCAUCAACAUCCUCGAUGUCACUAGCUGGCGUACCUUAGACUUGGCCGUCGCCACAACUAUUGACCCUUGCAGAUGA